AUGACGGAGACGAAUGAAUCCAUCAACGAGCGCGUCCGCGACCUAACGAUGCUGUCUACGCGUGCUGGACUAGAGCGCCUAACGAAAAGCAUCCGGAACGGCGAGGAAGUGAUGGCCGAGCUGGAGGACAUCCAGGCCAUCUUGUUUCCCGAAGGCACGGAGCCGCCACUCGCCAUCAUCCCGUUACUUGAAGAGGAGAUCGGUAUUUGCACGAAGCUGGCUGCCGCGAUGGUCCUGGUGGAGUUGGUCAAGGAGAUGCGACCCCAGCUCUUGGAGAAGCCGCGUGGCGAGGUAUGGAAGUCGCUGGACGAGAAGACGGGGAGAUUGGCUCGGUCGUUUUGCGAGACGCUGGAUUCCCUCACGAUGGUUUCGCGCAGGUUGACCGCUGCGAUCAAGAAGUCGAAGUGUUAUGAGAUUGCCAUGGCGAAUAAGCGGGCCGAGGAGACUGGGGAGACUGGGGAGACUGGGGAGACUGAGGAGGCUGAGGAGACUGAGGAGACUGGGGAGACUGGGGAGACUGGGGAGACUGGGGAGUAA